GCUACAGUGUAGUUUAGUAGGAUGGAGGCUCUAUAGCUGUAUGGAUAUGUAACUGCUACAGUGUAGUAGGAUGGAGGCUGUAUGGAUCUGUAACUGCUACGGUAUAGUUUAGUAGGAUGGAGGAUCUAUAGCUGUAUGGAUCUGUAACUGCUACAGUUUAGUAGGAUGGAGGCUCUAUAGCUGUAUGGAUCUGUAACUGCUACAGUUUAGUAGGAUGGAGGCUGUAUGGAUCUGUAACUGCUACAGUUUAGUUGGAUGGAGGCUCUAUAGCUCUAUGGAUAUGUAACUACUACAGUUUAGUAGGAUGGAGGCUGUAUGGAUCUGUAACUGCUACAGUUUAGUUGGAUGGAGGCUCUAUAGCUCUAUGGAUCUGUAACUGCUACAGUUUAGUAGGAUGGAGGCUCUAUAGCUGUAUGGAUUCAUUCGAAUUUCUUGCUGAAGUUCUGUGAAAUGUAGUUGAGCCGGACACUUUCUUCAUGCCUACUUUAUUCCGGGGGAUUUUUUUGUGUGCCGUACCCUCAAGCCGGAAGUUGUUGGUAUCCAUCAAAUAUUUCAUACGUAGCUAACUAACUGCAUUGAUGAUUUAUCGCCCAUUUAAUUGGGGUGCAUUUAUAACUAAUGCCUUCCCCAAAAAGCCAUAAAUGAAGAAAUUGGUGCCUCACAAGACCUAAUACUAGUAACGACGUUAUUCCCGCCGGCGGGUUGCCAUGGCUACUAGGAUGAAGUUAAAACUGAAGACUGUGUUUGUCCUCUACUUCAUGGUCUCACUUAUGGGCCUCAUCUACGCUCUCAUGCAGCUUGGCCAGCGCUGUGACUGUGCAGAGCAUGACAUGCCCAAGGACCGUACUAUCUCUCGUCUGCGGGGGGAACUGCAUCGGCUGCAGGAGCAGAUGAGGAAGGCUGAGCCCACCAAACUCCCUCAAAAACUAGCAGUGAAACCGGCCCAACCCACCAUCUACAUCAUCACACCAACCUACACCAGGUUUGUCCAGAAAGCCGAGUUAACCCGGCUUGCCCAGACGUUCCUCCAUGUCCCUCAGCUCCACUGGAUCCUGGUGGAAGACUCUCCCCAUAAAACCCCUCUGGUCUCUGGGUUCCUGGCCUCCAGCGGCCUGGCCUACACACACCUCCACACUCCCACACCACGCGACCGCAAACUACAGGAGGGUGACCCUAGCUGGUUGAAACCCCGCGGGGCGGAGCAGAGGAACGAGGGGCUGCGGUGGCUGAGAGAGGACAGGAGGGGGCAGCCUGGAGCAGACACACAGCUGGGGGUGGUCUACUUCGCUGACGAUGACAACACAUACAGCCUACAGCUAUUUGAGGAGAUGCGUGGUACCCAGCGUGUGUCUGUGUGGCCAGUCGGCCUGGUGGGAGGGAUGAGAUAUGAGAGACCUGUGGUCGAGGGGGGGAAGGUUGUACGCUUCCAUACUGGCUGGCGCCCCAGCCGCCCCUUCCCAUUGGACAUGGCUGGCUUCGCCGUGUCGCUCAAGCUGGUGAUAGCCAAUCAGGACGCUUGUUUCGACGGCGACGCACCGAUGGGGUUCUUGGAAAGCAGCUUCCUGCAGGGAUUGGUUACCAUGGACGAACUGGAACCUAAGGCGGAGAAUUGUACUAAGGUGUUGGUGUGGCACACGCGGACAGAGAAGCCCAAGAUGAAGCGAGAGGAAGCGCUUCAGAAACAAGGCCUGGGGUCUGAUACUGCUGUAGAGGUGUGAGGACAACACACACACACACACACACACACAACUACAACUACACACACCCACUACAUCUGCUUUAAAACUUUCCAUGCGUCUGAAAAAGGCUCCCUGUAUAGUGCAAUACUUUUGUCCAGAGCCCUAUGGGUCUCUAGCUGUAAGGGUUCACUUAAUGGGUCCCUCUAGCUGUAAGGGUUCACUUAAUGGGUCCCUCUAGCUGUAAGGGUUCACUUAAUGGGUCCCUCUAGCUGAAGUUUGUAGGAAUGUAGGAGAAUAUAACAUUAGAUCUGGUAAAAGAAAAUACAAAGAAGGAAAACAACUUUUUUUUUUUGUACCAUCAUCUUUGAAAUGCAAGAGAAAGGCCAUAAUAUAUUAUUCCAGCACAGGUGCAGUUUAGAUAUUGGCCACUAGAUGGCAGCAGUGUAUGUGCAAAGUUUAAGUCUGAUUGCAUUUCCGUUCAAAAUGUUGUAUCAAGACUGCCCAAAUGUGCCUAAUUUGUUUAUUAAUAACUUUUCAUGUUCAAAACUGUGCACUCUCCUCAAACAAUAGCAUGGUAUUAUUUCACUGUAAUAGCUACUGUAAAUUGGACAGUGCAGUUAGAUUAACAAGAAUUUAAGCUUUCUGCCAAUAUCAGAUAUGUCUAUGUCCUGGGAAAUGUUCUUGUUACAUUAGACCUCAUGCUAAUCACAUUAGCCUACGUUAGCUCAACCGUCCCACAGGGGACCGGUCUCUCGAGCUGUAAGCCCCCCCCCACGUUUAGGAUUUUGCCCUAGCAGUACGCAGCUGAUUUUUAAAUAACCAACUCAUCACUAAGCUUUGGUUAUUUGAAUCCGCUGUGUAGAUGUUAAGGCAAAAACCAAAAGGUGCACCCAAGGAAGGGGGGUUGGGAACCCUGUUCCAGCUAGCUGUACUAUGCUGAUGCUGUAUAUGGAACUAACAAGAUAUUCUUAGUGGUACCCUAUCCUGUGGCAUGUAGGGUGGCAUCUAGGAAGCAGACACAAUGUACAUAAUGUAAGAUAUUAUCUGAAGACUGUUUUUAAGACCAGUCAACCUAUUUAAAUUUGUCGUAACUGUGAAUGUGUUUUGUUUGUGUAUGUAGUUCCAGUCAAAAGUUUGGACACACCUACUCAUUCAAGGUUUUUAAUUAUUAUUAUUAUUAUUUUUUUACAGUUUUCUACAUUGUAGAAUAAUAGUGAAGACAUCAAAACUACGAAAUAUGGAAUCAUGUAGUAAGCCAAUUAUUAUUAUUAUUAUUUUUUUAUACUUCUAAAUAUAUUUUAGCCACCCUUUGCCUUGAUGACAGCUUUGCACACUCUUGGCAUUCUCUCAACCAGCUUUAUGAGAUAGUUACCUGGAAUGCAUUUCAAUUAACAGGUAUGUCUUGUUAAAAGUUAACCUGUGGAAUUUCUUUCCUUUAAAGUGUUUGAGCCAAUCAGUUGUGUUGUAACAAGGUAGGGGUGGUAUACAGCAGAUAGCCCUAUUUGGUAAAAGACCAAGUCCAUAUUAUGGCAAGAACAGCUCAAAUAAGCAAAGAGAAAUGACAGUCAAUCAUUAUUUUUUAAGACAUUAAGGUCAGUCAAUCCAGAAAAUGUCAAUAACUUUGAAGGUUUUUUGAUUCACGCAGCCAAAAUAAAUGCUUCGGAGUUCAAGUAACAGACACAUUAACUGUUCAGAGGAGACUGCGUGAAUCAGGCCUUCAUGGUCGAAUUGCUGCAAAGAAACCACUACUAAAGGACACGAAGAAGAAGAAACAUGAGCAAUGGACAUUAGACCAGUGGAAAUCUAUCCUUUGGUCCGAGUCCAAAUUUCAGAUUUUUGGUUCCAACCGCCAUGUCUUUGUGAGACGCGGAGUAGGUGAACGGAUCUCUGCAUGUGUGGUUCCCGUCAUGAAGCUUGGAGGAGGAUGUGUUGAGGUGUCAGGGACAAUUUUCUGGUGACACGGUCAGUGAUUUAUUUAGAAUUCAAGGCACACUUAACCAGCAUGGCUACCACAGUAUUCUGCAGCGAUAUGUCAUCGCAUCUGGUUUGCGCUUAGUGGGACUAUCGUUUGUUUUUCAACAGGACAAUGACCCAACACACCUUCAGGCUUUGUAAGGGCUAUUUUACCAAGAAAGAGAGUGAUGGAGUGCUGCAUCAGAUGACCUAACCUCCACAAUCACCCGACCUCAACCCAAUUGAGAUGGUUUGGGAUGAGUUGGACGGACUGCAGAGUGAAGGAAAAGCAGCAUAUGUGGGAACUCCUUCAAGACUGUUGGAAAACCAUUCCAGGUGAAACUGGUUGAGAGAAUUCCAAGAGUGUGCAAAGCUGUCAAAGGGUGGUUACUUUGAAGAAUCUCAAAUAUAUAAUAUUUUGAUUUAACACUUUAUUUGGUUACUACAUGAUUCCAUAUGUAUUAUUUCAUAGUUUUGAUGUCUUUACUAUUAUUCUACAAUGUAGAAAAUAGUAAAAAAUAAAGAACAACCCUUGAAUGAGUAAGUGUGUCCAAACUUUUGACUGGUACUGUGUGUGUGUGAGUGAGUACUAGGGUAGCAGAGUUCUGGGAACUUUCCCCAGGUUUUCUAGAAGUCCCAGUUGGAAGAUAACCGAGCACGAGUCAGGAACAAGCAUGAAAUCUGGAAUCUUCCAACCAGGAUUUUCUGGAAAACCGUAGUUUAGCCACCAUGUGUGUAUUACUAGAGUACUUGGCAGUAGAUAAUGAUACUAAGUGGUUGAGUGUACUGUGCUGCCUUUUGAAUCUGUCUGUAAGAACGUUAAGUGCAGCCCAAAUGGCAUCCUAGUCCCUUUUUAUAGUGCACUACUUUUGACUAUGGUCUAUAGGGCUCUCCAAAGUAGUGCACUGUAUACAAUAUAUAGGUUGUCAUUUGGGAAGCAUUCUCAGUAUUAUGUGGCUGUUGUCUUAAUUGUCCCUGCCUUGAAAAUAAAUACAUUAUUUAAUCAGGAAAAUAAACAUUUAGUUGUUUUGUGAAA